CGAGAAAGUCGAUGUGAACAAGGCCAUGAACARUGCAGCAAUAAGCCCAGAGGUCUGAUCGAAAACAGUAGUGACUGUGAUAAUGACCCAGAUACUKGUGUACUCCAGAGGAUCGCACUUGCUGUUUKGAUCUGCAACGCCUUCCAAGAAAAGGUUGAUGCCCACGUCAAUUAGCAUUGCACUGGCCAUGCAUCGCGGCAGGUAUCCCCCCAAAGCAGGUCCAUACACAAAAGAGAUGAACGAAGUGCCGGCAAGGAGAGAGUUUGCAAACUUUCCCUUYCCYCCCGAGUUGACAUAAAGGGCUGUGCUUGAGUAGCACGCACAAGCUGGAAUACCUCCUGGUACAAGCAAACCAGAAAUGAUGUUGGGUAAGCCGUGAGCAAUGAAUUCUCGGUCCAAAUCAAAGUCGUCCAUGUCGAGCAAGGUAGCAAUCGGAGGGACAAAUGGUGCUGUGACCAUCACCGCGAGAAUAGAUGUSGCAAAUAUCUGCGGUACGGCUUGGAAGGCCACAUCCCACUGCACCUUUGAAAAAUCAAAUUUUGUCCACAACUCUGCGGCCUCAGCAAAUACAGAUGGUUGGUCGUCUGUCGUAUUUGCAGUAGGGGCUUUGAACAAGUACCCCGCUUCUACCAMUUCAUCAAAGGGCACACCAAAUACCGUGAUCACRCAGUAGAAAACAAUAGGAAUGGACAAAUAAUAGGUUGGGUCUAGCAAGAGGAAACGUUCCGGAGGGAUGAAAACUCGAAGUGGACGAAUGGCAAGUCCGAAAAAGGCGGAGAGGAAAAAAUGAGGAGUAAUCAUGUAGUUCCACAAUCCAUCKUCGUCUGCCCCGUCGAAURCAUGAGGAGAUACCGAAACAGUUACAGACUGCUUCGCAGCCCAAACACCGACACCCCCAAUKACACCGAGAACGACAUAGCUGGGGAAGAAGGAGAGAAUCUUGCCGAUGCGAAAGGCUCCGCACAUAAGAAAUGCAAGGCCCACGGAWAUUGUCGACAACGAUAUGAGAUAUGCCGUAGUGGGAUAAAUCCUAGACGGAUCAUCUCCACAAUUAUUCGCUGCUAUUUCUGCAAAGGCCUGAUAAAAUGGCGCCACCUCUGCCAUCGCCCAGAGAGUCAACGCCUCAAAACUAGUCAUUUUGCCGCCAAUUAACGUUUGGCAGAUGCCGAGUGCCAGCAGACUCAUUCUGAGACCUAGCUUCUCCUUGACUUCGUGACUCAGCGGGACAUCGUUGGAAAAGAACAUAGUGCCGAAGGGAAUCGCGAGCAUGAUGUUCCAAGAAGCAAGAACCAUAACGGCAGGUAUUGUUGAUAUCAUUUCUGUGAUGGAUGCCAACCAAGAGGUKGCKACUCCUUCUGCUCCCCGGUCUUUGCCAMCAGCAUUGUUCGUGCUACCUUCUUCUGCAUUAUGUAUGGAGUUGUAGCCGYGGUCUCCAUCUUGCCAAGAUCCUUUCGACUUGGGGAUCAGUUGCUCGUCAUCACGGUAACCCAUUUUCUCAAAAAUCUUUAUUUUGCAUGAACUAAACUGUACGAGAACGUAACGGUGCAGUGUUAGUACUGUAUCGUAUUUUUUGAAAAGGAAUUGAAGAUCUUUCGAGAUGACAUGCUUUUCAAAGAUCACAGACGGGAAGUSCGUUACCCUACAGUACCAAGUACUACUGUACGUACCAGUAGGUAAGCCGCUGAAUUAAAGUGCCUUACAGUACCAUGAAAUUCUUCAUGGUACGGUACGAGUUUAGGGGGUCGUAAUGACCCCUGAACUAAACACUGAACUAAAAAACGUGGUGAACUUCGAUACUGUAAUGUAGUACAGUAAAUCUCAGUAGGAAAUCCAUCGUUCAGCUUUCUCUGUGUAAAGAACGUCCGAUUCCGCAKCACAGUGGGAACAAAUGACCAAUAAUCGAUUAUCGAUUUUCAUUGGUCGAAAUCAGUGAUUACGUAUUUUCGUAGCCAUUAGUCAAACCCGUGCCAAAAAAGGGUAUUCUCCAUGAGGGCCCUGAAAGUCUAAUGGAUACGACUCAAAACUCACGACUGGAAAGGUCUGUCCCUCGGACCUUCUUCCUUUGAAAAGAGUACGUAAAGGACUAAAAAAUGUUUCGAAUUUGAUGGCUCUGUCUUUUCUUGCUAAAGCGAUUUGGGGAUUCACGCCAUCAAUUGUAUUACGUACUACAGCAAAAGAAAAGUCGUCAAUUGAUUACAGCAGUACCGAAGCCCAAUAUUCACAUGGAAUUACUACAGAUCUGAACUUUUCUKCCUCUCUCAUGGAAUAGAGUUUCAUCACUUUCGAGGAAUAACUAAAUUCCCGGCGURCACCAAUCAACAGACAAUCUACAAAAAAUAUAUCAGUUUGCAUGCUUGUUUGUCAAGUGGGAAAGAAGGCGACACUUGUAUCGAAAUAAYAGCACUUCGCCAACAAACAUAUUUCCUCUGGUGUUUCUCACACGUCAAAGACUUUCYCCAUCAUGACCGGGAGAAAUGCGGCUAUUCUUUCUCUGAAAAGCACUAACGAGACGUGCCCGUGUGCCGCAACACGUUUGGACUCUUCUUUGGUCACGGCAAUAGCCACCGCAGCGACCGAUCGAUUGCURCAGCAAASUGAUGACAYGACCUAUUCUGGAGAUGGCACACCUCAAGAAAGUGAAAAURRUUUGUUUCAAGUAAUUUACACGUGCGUAGUCCUCUUCUUGAUGUUUGCAGCGUUGAUCUCCGAUCGGAUUGGUGCCGAUUCUGUGAUGAUGGCUUCCCUGACCUUCUUCAUGGCCGCAAACAUUAUCACAAUCGAGGAGGGACUCGAAGGGUUCGCAAACGAGGGCUUGCUGACAGUGCUAGUCUUGUUCGUGGURGCAGAUGGAAUUAGCAAAACCGGAGCACUGGAUUGGUACAUGUCAAGACUGCUGGGACGACCGGCAACGGUGGCAGCGGCACARACGAAAUUGAUGAUUCCCAUUGCGAUUAUAUCGGCAUUUCUGAAUAACACACCCGUAGUAGCAGUAAUGAUCCCAAUCGUGCAGAAGUGGUCAAAAAAUAUCGGCCAAUCGGCGCAGCAAUUGCUGGUUCCACUUAGUUUUGCGAGUAUUUUGGGUGGGACUUGCACGCUGAUAGGAACAUCAACGAAUCUUGUUGUUGCGGGAUUGUUGGAAAAGCAAUAUCCAGAGAUCAAAAUGGGGCUUUUCGACCUGAGCAUUUACGGUGUUCCUAUUGCCAUGGUCGGUAUUGUGUAUGUUUUGCUUGCUUCGCCGUGUUUGUUACCAGGUGGGAAAGGUGCCUCAUGUCGUGGCGGAACUGGUACCGGUGCGAUUGACAUUACCGGUGGAAGCGGAGGAAAUGAUAGCGAGCAGGAUCUGUUGUUGGGUGCGAAGCUCAUGCCCUGGUCACCGGCCGCUGGUCGUUCAGUCAAACGCUCUGGUUUGCGUGACACAGGAGGUAUUUAUUUAGUUAGUGUGCAUCGAGCUGCUACUGGAAACGUCCAUCGAGCUGUUGGUCAAGAUUUUGUUCUAAACGUUGGUGAUGUCUUGUAUUUUACCGGUCUGGUAGAAGAGUUUGGCGAAUUUUGUGAAGAUCACGCCAUGGAAGUAUUGACAAAUGAACUAGAAGARCAAGAAGAUACCACUGAAAAUGAAGGAUCGAAUAGUCUUUCGCAAAAUGUGCCUACAGAUAUUGCUAGCAACACCGAGCAAACCUUCUACACUCAGGUCACCAAAGAGCGGCAGUCGAAUACACAAUUAGUUACUGUUUUGGAGGGUGYCGAGGAAGAACAUCCUAAUACGGAGCGCAGUUCCARCGCCAUGCCCGUGGUGGAGGUUGGUUUUACGAAGGAAUCUUUGUUACAAGCCGAUGAGGCAGAGCGAUCCAGAAUUAUUACUCGCAUGAUUGAUACARUUCGAGGUGUAGCACGAGAGGAACCGACGCAACAGGAACACACUUAUCUGAACAUAGAUGUUCGUGAACGAGGAAAGAAAUAUGCUCAGCACGGUGCUCAUAAAGUUGUUGUGACUUCCGAACAUGGAUUCGUUGUGGUUGGCGUCGACGCACGAGACCGCCCCGGCCUUUUGCUAGAUAUUUCGAAGGGUUUGYUGCGGCUGAAUUUGACUCUGCGCCAUUCGGAAGCUUCCGUGGUUGGAAGCCGAUCUAUUUCUAUUUGGAGAUGCGAGGUAAUUGAGGCUGCAUUGCCUGAUUUAGAAGAAAUCUGGACUGUGAUGAAUGGUCUGCUUGAGUCGUUCGAUCAGGGAGGUAGCCAGGCCAUGAAGAGGGGUGGAUUGCGGGUGAUUCGAGCAGUUGUCACGGCAACAUCCAGUUUAAAUGGCAAGAACAUGAACAACGUUGAUUUUCGGGAUCGAUAUAAGGCUGCUGUGGUGGCAAUCCAAAAAGGAGGUCGGAAUGUCCCGGUGACUGGUGUUGUGUUUGGAUCYGGUGAUGURUUGGUUUUGAAGGCAAACGAYRAUUCGCCUUUGCUGAAAGAGCCACCACCGGAUUUCUACAAACGCGGUGUCAAUGAUGGCGCAAAGGGUGAGRCGGGUUCUAGAAGCGGCUCUUCUGUCAAUUCAUUCAUUAAACGGAUGAAGCGAAAGGUUAGCARUGCCACUUUGAAUACUUUAAAUAGCAGGAAUAGCGAGGCCGAGUUCAGAGAGUCCAAACAGAACAAUGCUGAUGAAGGCCUAGAUCUCGAGGCGGCGAGAAUUAAAAMUGAAGCCGAUGUUUCGUUUGACAAUGCUGAAGACUAUUUCAUUGGGGGCAAYGGACAAAUAGAUGAUGACGACUACGAUAAUGACGACGACGACUACGAUAUUAAUGAAAACGGCAAUGGAGUGAAACUAGUCAUUGACAAUAUCCAGGCUAGUAUGAAAGCAAUUACUGCGGAAGAAGAAACAUGGAAAGACCUUCAGGUCAUAUUUGUGGAUAAGGAUCAGCAAAGAGCAGAUGACGGGGCUCGUGAGUUCCUCACCGCAAUGGAAAUAGCUCCGAAGUCUAAGCUAGCAGAUCGGACAGUAGCGGAAACAGGUCUUGACAAAUUGCCGGGAGUAUUCUUGGUCAGUAUUGAUCGUCCGACGGGAGAAACUCACAAGACUACGAGGGCUGUGAAAACAGGUACAAUGAGAGCAUUUCGAGCCGUUGCAUCGGAUGCUCGUUCAGUAGAAGAAAGCGAUCAAGAAAGCCACGUUUCUUCGCUCCCAACUGUAGAUCCAAUAUACAGAACAAUCCCACCUGACGUACCUUUAGUAGUUGGAGAUGUUCUCUGGUUUGCAGGAGGAGCUCAGUCAGUUGGUGAUUUAAGAAAGAUUCCCGGAUUGAUAUCGCACGAGAAGGAAGAGGUUGAAAAGAUCGAUGAGAAAAUGCACGAUCGUAGRCUGGUCGAAGCAGUCAUUGCUAGAAGAGGUCCUUUGGUCGGAAAAACUGUCAAGCAAGUGCGUUUYCGGACUCGAUAUGGUGCGGCCGUGAUUGCUGUUCAUCGUGACGGAUCAAGAAUUCAUGAGCACCCUGGUAGAAUAAGACUUCAGGCUGGCGAUGUCCUGCUGCUAGAGGCAGGACCAACUUUUAUCAAAGGGAGYUAUGACAACGAUAAAUCAUUUUCUUUGCUGGCUGAAGUAGAAGAUUCUGCACCUCCGAGGCUCAAACUGUUGAUUCCUGCGCUAUUCCUAACAGUUGCGAUGCUAGCGGUGUGAGUUUUUCUCUUCAGAGAAGAGAACGAAUAGUUYCAUAAAUCCCUGAUCAAUCUAACAUUCGACGUUUUGCUGSUUUUCUCGUGACAAAUUUUGGCCACAGAUACACAGCGGGGGUGGCAUCUCUUCUCGUCUGCUCAUUGGUUGCAUCGAUGUGCAUGGUUGCGGUCGGUAUUUUGUCYGAACAAGAAGCAAGAGAUGCUGUCAAUUGGGAAGUAUUUGUUACUAUCGCAGCAGCCUUUGGAAUAGGCACCGCUUUGGUGAAUUCCGGCGUAGCUGGAGGUGUGGCRAGUUUUCUUGUCACAGUUGGAACUUCAGUUGGAAGAGGAUGUAAGUGUGUGGAUCUGAAUAAGGUCGUUMUUCACUAUUUGAUCAGUUGUCYCCUUUGUCUAUCUCACUWUUUUCACAUUUUCUUUCUUCUAGCUUCGGGAUUGUUUGCUGCUGUCUAUCUCGCCACSUUCUUGAUAAGUAAUGUUGUCACMAACAAUGCAGCUGCUGCRUUAAUCUUUCCAAUUGCAAUGGAUGCGGCAGAGCAGACAGGUACAGAUGUGAUUCUCAUGUCGUACUGUGUAAUGUUAGGAGCAUCUGCCUCAUUCAUGUCACCUUUUGGCUACACGUAAGUCAUUUCGAUGAAUAUUGAUUGCAGAAGUUCUGGAAUGUGGGUCCCAACAAGAAAUAUUAUUCACUUUAUUUUGCGUUMCCCGUUUUGCCAUUCACAGAACGAACUUGAUGAUCUACGGUCCUGGAGGAUACAAAUACAACGACUUUUUAGUCAUCGGAACUCCAAUGCAAGUUGUUCUCUGGUUUCUUUCCGUUGCACUACUGGCAACRACAACCACCUCGAAUUUUUAUAUUAGCUGGCUUAUUUCACUCGGAGUCCUUCUGUUUGUGAUGGGCGUUACGUCUUGCAAUUUCGGGAAUUUCCUCAAACUUGCAARAAAGUAAAUCGACUACGUAAGUACGUUCUCUCAGAAUAGUGCUUUCAUAAAAAUAUAGGCAAUAAUACGAC